UCUCCAGACCUAAAAUGGCGUCAGUUUUCUCUCCGAGCGCCAUAGAGAUAAAGGAGGGGCCAUGUUGGGAAGGGGGGGGAGUAGACGGACUCGAGAGACAGAUGGGUAGAGCGGCUGCCUCCAUCGUGAGGUCUCUCUGCGCAUCUCAAGUUUACAGCUCGGUGGUGUAGCUUGUGGACAGCGAGAAGGCAGUUGCUCGAAGCUGCUUUGUUAUGGCGGAUGACCGGGAGGUCGAGGAUUCGGAGAAGUCUUUUAAGCUAUUGGGAAUACUUGAUGUCAGAAACAUUCCUUGUGCUCGGGAAUCAGUGCUCUAUGGAUCAUUGGGUGCUGUAGCUGUGGGCCUUGGACACUUUUUGGCAACUAGUAAAGUGAGACGAUCCUGUGAUUUUGGCAUGGGAGGUUUUAUCCUGACAACGCUAGGAUGUUGGAUCUAUUGUAGAUACAAUAAUGCAAAACUCAGAAUUCAGCAACGAAUGCUUCAAGAAGGGAUGAGAAACAAAAUUUUGUUUGAAAGCACUCCACUUGAUCCAGAGAAAAAGGCCAAAAGUGCUGAAGAAGGCUGGCCAUAGUUUUUGUAAUAAUGUUUAUGCAGUUUGUAUUGAACAUUCAUAACCAGAACAUGAAAAUUAAUCUGAGAAACCGAAGCUCUUGUUUGCUGCCAAAUGUUAGGAAACAGUAUCAGAUCCUAAUAGCACAAUGGACUGCCCUCAUGCUCCAAUUUGUAUUUUCUUUUUAUUCUUGCAUUUACAUCAAGGGUGGAGCAUGUGUAAUCUGACUUGCUUUGGGGGAAAAACCUGAUUCUUAACCUGAUGUUCCAGAGUAGCACAAGCUAACAGUGAUGCUUAUAUAAUACUUCUUCAAAAUGAUUUAAACUAGUGUUGAGAUAGAAGUAUUUUGUGUUUGUAAAACUAUUCAGCAAUAAGAGUUACAACUAAUAUAAAUUAGAUUUUGAUUACAGUUAUAUUAACGAAAUAGAUCUGAGCAUGUUUAAUUCUUUCCUCCUCAACUUAAUAGGACACCUGGAUCGUGUCUUUUGCUUAUUUAGGUGUACUUUGCUUUAAUGAAGCUAGGAAAGGGAGUAGUUCUGUGAAAUCCUCCUGCUUGCCCCCUCAUUCAAAUAAAAAGGAAACAAAUUUUCUGCAGUGAAAAAAUGUAAAAAAGCUUGAGUCAUUGUAGAAAAUAUUUUCCAAGUUGUAAAUACAGAUUAAUUAUAUUAGUAGGUAAUUCAGUUGAGUUUUAUCAUAGUAGUGGUUCCUGUUUCACAAAAUCUUUAAACACAGACUUCAGUCUCCUUUCUAGUUUUAUAUACCUCUUGCCAGUUUCCUAUGGUGCUUGUACAAUAAAAGUACAAUACAAUAACAUAUUUAGAGGUAUUUGAGACUGGCAUUGUAUAAUAUUAAGUGCUCUUGACAAUAUUGUAUAGAAUGGAUGUAAGAAAAUGUGUAAUACUAAUUCAAGAGAGCUGCUUAGGCAGAUUGGUAGAAAUAAUACACUCGGAGCAUUCCUUGAUGUUUUUACUGUUAACCAUUCUCAGCACUGCAGAGAUAAGUUACUACUCAAUCAGCUGCUUCUGACAAUUCCUGCAGUAAAAUCAUUCAAACAGCAUCAUUUGUACAAUUUGUCACCCAGGCCUAAAUAGCCUCUAAUGAUAACCUUUAUUUUAUUGUCUUGGAGCAUUUAAUGUUCAUCCAGGUCACUUGUUGAACUGCUGAGACUACUGUAUAUGUUGUGCUUCACAUUUUCUUUACUUAAAAAUGCAAACUUCUUUAA